UUGUGUAAUGGUAGAAUAGAAACAGUUUCUUAUUACUUAAGUUCUCUCUUCCGAUUGUCAAUUGAUCCUACCUCUCGACAUGGCUGGAAGUUUGACAAGUGCUGCUCGUAUGGGAAAUGUUAGUGAUUUGUAUUCACUAAUUCAGGGAAAUGGGAAUGUGUUGAGGCACUUUGAUGAGGUGGAGUUUAUCGACACUCCAUUACAUAUAGCUGCAGAAGAAGGCUGGACGCGGUUCGCAAUGGAGAUGAUCAACUUAAAGCCAUCAUUUGCUAAGAAGCUAAACCAACAAGGCUUGAGUCCCCUCCACCUUGCAGUUCAAAGAGGCCAUAAAGAGGUGGCGCUACGCUUUUUGGAGAUCGACAAAGAUCUUGUUCGUGUCAGAGGAAGGGAGGGUAAGACUCCUUUGCACUAUGUAAGUGAAGUUGGAAACCAGGACGGCUUGCUCGAUAGAUUUCUAGAGGCUUGCCCUGAUAGUGUCCUGGAUGUUACAACUCAAAAUAGCACUGCUUUGCAUAUAGCCGUGGAAAACAGAAGGCUAGAUGUUCUCCAAGUCCUACUUAGGACACUUAUGAAGACAGCCUAUCAUCGAGAAGUGGUGAAUCGAAAGGAUGAAAAUGGCAACACAGCACUGCACAUAGCAGCUAGCAGCAAUGAGGCCCAGAUGCUUAAACUACUAUUAAACUGCAAGGCUGAUAAGCAUGCCACUGAUCAAGCUGGUUUGACGGCACUGGGUGUUGCCCAACAACAUGGUUACACAGAAAGCAUUACUGUUUUGCGUGGUUGCUUUAUUCCAGUUGUUUCAAAGUUUAUACCUAAGUUGGAGAAACAAACCGCCAGUUAUGUCACCAAAGCAUCGUCACUGAUUUUCCGUGAUAUGGAUAAUAUAUCAGGCGAGAACCGUAAUGCAUUACUGGUAAUUUUAGGAUUGCUUCUAACUGCAACGUACCAAGCCACACUUAGCCCGCCUGGUGGUGUUUGGCAGGGUGGAAACGCCUCAAAGAAACUGGGGACAUCUGUCAUGGACCCUUCCCAGUUUCUUCUUUUCUAUAUUCCGACCUAUGCCGUGUUCAUCGUAACCUUUUUCCUAACUCUAGCCCUGCUUAAACCUUUUCCCCGUGGUUUCAGGACAGCACUUCAAGUGCUACUUGCGUUUCUUGCAGUAUGCUUUCACCAAUCAAUAUCUUUUAUUGUCCCAUCCUCUUCAGCAUCAAUAAUUCUCUCUCUCCUCUCGGGGAUCGUUUUCAUCUUAAUGGCGUUCAUGUGUAUUGCAUAUCAAGUGUCAAAAUUCAGUGUUUCGAUCGUGGGAUGUUGGAUUUUACCAUUUCACUUCUCAGGUGCUGCAAUUCAAGUGUUGUUUUUAUUAUUUUUUCUGUAUGAUAAGUUCUGGAAAGGCACCAUUGUAGUUGUAGGUUAUUGUUUAUCAUUUGCAGUUUAUGCUAUGGUUGAUGAUAAAUUUGACCCCAUAAACUAUAUCAUGUACCCUAUAGUAUCAAUAGGAUCAUGGUUAGUCUUCCAUCUAUGUCGAUUCUGCAUAAAGCAGAGCACUAAAUUGUGUAACUAUUUUAAACUUCAAAUUUGUAAUUAAUCCAA